AUGGCCGAACUCCAAAUACCGAACGGUGACCGCACCGGCACCCGACCCAGUAUCACCAACACCAAACAACAUGCCUCCUCGCCCUCGGUAGUCAUGAACGGCCACUUUGCGAGCGUGGGCGACGCGCCUAGUCGCGAGCAGUACGAGCAUGGCAUCCAGGUUGUGAAUGAGAACAAGGAGUUCAAUCAUGACCUCUCUACCUAUCUGGGCCUUGAGAGAAUCAUACCCGCCGGCUUCAACUACCACCUCAUAUCCGUCUUCGGCUCGCAGUCCACCGGCAAGUCGACGCUCCUGAACCACCUCUUUGGCACCGAGUUUGGUGUCAUGAACGAAGCAGACAGGCGUCAGACAACGAAGGGUAUAUGGAUGUCCAUCAACAAGCGUGGUGCAAUAUCAGACGCCACCAACGGUGAUGGCGCCGAAGUUCGGAAGACGGGGCGCAUGGCGGACAACAUCCUGAUCAUGGAUGUUGAGGGCACGGAUGGGAGGGAGAGAGGGGAGGAUCAGGAUUUCGAGCGGAAGAGCGCGCUGUUUGCGCUGGCGACGAGCGAGGUCCUGAUCGUGAACAUGUGGGAGACACAGGUGGGACUGUAUCAGGGCGCGAACAUGGGGCUGCUCAAGACAGUGUUUGAGGUCAACCUGCAGCUGUUUGUCAAAGGGAACAAGAACAUCCCCCGCUCCCUCCUCUUCUUCGUCCUCCGCGACAGCAUAGGCACAACACCGCUCUCCAACCUCCGCCAAACCAUCCUGAAGGACCUUUCCAACAUCUGGACCUCGAUAUCCAAACCCGAAGGUCUGGAGCAGUCAAGGAUUGAAGACUACUUCGACUUCGCCUUCGUCGCGCUACCACACAAGGUUCUACAAGCGGACAAGUUCGUUUCCGACAUCGAGAAGCUCAGCACACGGUUUAGGGGAGGCUACAAAGACCCCAAGACCAGCGGUCUCCUGAACGAAGAGGACCAACCCGUGUUUCUGCCCGAAUACCACCGGCGGAUCCCAGCCGACGGCUUCCCAGUCUACGCAGAAGGCGUCUGGGAUCAGAUAGUCAACAACAAAGACCUCGACCUCCCCACGCAGCAAGAGCUGCUGGCCCAGUUCCGCUGCGACGAAAUAGCUCGCGAAGCGUUGAUCAUCUUCGACGAAGCCAUCACACCGCUAGAAGAGAAGCAAGCCGCAGACAUAACAGCCGGAACCCCCAAAGUCAUCCCCGACUUAGGCAAAACAAUGACCGCCGCCCGCGCCAGCGUCCUCAAGAACUUCGAAACAGAAGCCAGCCGCUACCACAAAGGCGUCUACACGCGCAAGCGCGCCGAGCUCGAAACCAAAGUCGACGCGCGCCUCAAAGCGCUCUUCAAAGGCCAGCUCAGCGCCGCGCACAAGUCCGGCGUCUCCGCCUUCACCGACGCCGUCAGCGCAGCCGUCAAGGCCGGGCAAAAGAAAGGCGCAAGCUACGACUUCGCCUCCAUCGUCGAGUCCGAAAAGCAAAAGGCUAUUGCCCGCUUCGAGGAGACCGCUCGAGCGGCAGCAGUCGAAGGCGCCCCCUGGAGCGACCACAAGCAGGAACUGAACCUCUACCGCAAAGACCUGGACGAGGUCGCAUCCCGGCUCCGCAAAGAGGAAAUGCGCCGCCUCGCCACGCGCGUCGAGCGCUGGGUCCGCUCGCGGCUUGGCGAGUCCGUCGGGCUGGAAUUCAACAAGCUGGGUUCCGGUCGCGGAGGCUCCGGUGCGCCCGAGCACGGCGAGAAGCCGGCAAGCGAAAAGGACCUCUGGGACCGCAUCUGGGCCGUCUUCACCGAGACGGUCGAGCACGCGGAGGCGCGCUUUACAGAGCGUGCGCGCAGCUUCGACGCCUCUCCCGAGGAAGUCGAGGUGGGGAUUUGGAGGCUCAGACGUAAGAGCUGGGGCGCGCUGCGCAGCAAGAUCGAUGAGGAGGUCAUGGAGGGGAAUCUGCUGCUGAAGUUGCGCGAGAACUUCGAGGAUAAGUUCCGCUAUGAUGCGGACGGGGUACCGAGGAUUUGGAGGCCGACGGAUGAUAUCGAGGGCGUGUAUACACGCGCGAGGGAGUCGACGCUGCAGCUCAUUCCGCUACUGGCGAGGUUUAGGCUUGCGAGGACGAGCGCGCCGCCCCCGCUUGAUGCGUGGAUCGGGACCCCCCCGGCGAGUGUGCAGCCGGCGGAUGAGGAGGACAUGGCACCCAUUGGCGGCGUGGAUGAAGAGGAGGGGAAGAGUUUGGAGGAGGAGAUGACGGUGCUCGGGGAUGCGAAGCAGGCGGAUCUGAGUGCGAGAUUCAAGAAGAUGGCGGACGCGGUGUAUGUCGAGGCGAAGCGGGGCGCGAUUGGGGGCGUCACGCAGGUGCCGCUGUACUUCUAUGCGCUGUUGCUGGCGCUCGGGUGGAAUGAGAUCGUUGCUGUCCUACGCAAUCCGGUCUACUUCAUCUUCCUCAUCCUUGCGGGUAUCGGCGCAUACGUCACCUACUCCCUCAAUCUCUGGGGUCCGAUGUUCCACAUGGCAAAUGCCGCGAGUGCACAGGGUCUUGAGAUUGGCAAGCAGCGGCUCCGCGAGUUUCUGGAGUCGUCGGACACCGGCCGUCAGGCUGUAGCGAUGUCGGGCUCGAGCUACGGCAGGGAGGACGGCGGGAUCAGGAUGGAUAAGCUCAACGGACACGGCAAGAAGGCCCCGGUUGACGAGGAUGAUGUUGAUGAGAUAUGA